CACUUAGUAACUGUUUUGACUAGACGUUACUACGGGAAUUAUAGUAGAAGAUGUAGGUAUGUAAGUACCGACUCGGUCUACAGGAUAGAUUCUUUCCAUUGUCCCCUUUUAUAACUUGAACAGCACCUCUGGCGCUUUUCCCCAUAGUGAUAUCUUCUAAUCCUUCUUCUGGUCCUCUGCUCUUCUUCCAUCAUUGCUCUCUCAUCAUCCUUAAACCUCUCAAAACGUCUUCUCAGUGUCUCGUAGCGGUAUAAUUCGUAUUCUCGUCUUGUCCUAACCGCCAGUCCUCUCAAACCUUUCAAGCCUUUCAAGCCUUUGCCCACUUGACUUACACCUACCUCCCUUGGGCAAAAUAAAUCUUCAUAAAAUAAAUUCAAGAUGGGGUCGUCGUCGUAUGUCGAGCGGGCCUCCCCACGCCACUCAUCCAAGGACCUAGCCUCCACAACCGAUCUAGAAUCAGGAUAUGCCUCAGCGUCGUCGUCGACGGCGGAGUCCACAAGCGAGCUGCCCCAAGUGACGCUCACCGCACCACACGUCAGACACCUCAACCAACAGCUAGAAAAGAUGAAUUCCAUGGACCGGCUCCGCUUCGUCAAGAUCUUAUUUCCCAACCUAUACCAAUCAACAGCCUUCGGCCUUACCGGCCUAGUAUCCACAGACAUGCUCUCAAAAAUCGAGAAGGAAUCGCCCGACUCAUCGCCCGUCGACCUCAUCUUCCUCGACACGCUGUACCAUUUCCAGGAAACAUACGACCUGGUUCAAAGAGUCAAGGAUCGAUACCCCAACAUCAAGAUCCACACCUUUAAACCCCACGAUGCCAAUACCACCGUCGAGUUCGAGGAGCGCUAUGGCGAGAAGUUGUACGAGACCGCCGCCGAACUAUACGACUGGAUCGCCAAGGUCGAGCCGCAACAGCGCGCUUACUCGGACCUCAACGUAGCUGCUGUCCUGACCGGCCGCCGGCGUUCGCAAGGCGGCGAGCGUGACAAGAUCGGCGUGCUGGAGGUUGACGAGGAGGCGGGUAUCGUCAAGAUCAACCCGCUCGUCGACUGGACCUUCGCCCAGGUCAAGCAGUACAUCACAGAGAACAACGUACCGUAUAACCCGCUCCUAGACCGCGGGUACAAGUCCGUCGGCGACUGGCACUCGACAUCUCCCGUGUCUGCGGGCGAAGACGAGCGCGCGGGCCGCUGGAAGGGCCAGGAGAAGUCCGAGUGUGGAAUCCACAACAAGAAGUCGCGGUACGCGCAGUACCUGCAAGAAAUGCAACGGAAAGCCGAAGAGGAACGGCUUACCGCGGCGCUCAAGAGUCUUGAGCGGGAGCAGCAGACGGAGGUCACGGCAUGAGUCUGGGGACAGGAACUUACUAUAUAUAUAAAUCGGAGCGGGAAGAAGACAUUUCACGGCGGGCCAGUUAGGGUGUAUGCAUAUGGUUUCCACGACCGGAACCUCGGAUGAUGAUUUAGAAAUGGGUAUUCAUUACAAUGCGACGGCGUUCGGGCGUACGCUGCUCUCAGACGUGAGCAAGCAUAUUUAGGGGGUUGAUUAUCCAACUAACAAUAACUUAUAAGAGCAUUAUAUUGACAAUUAUAUCACACGUUGACUUAUCAUCCAACAUAUGACGUGUAAUUGCCUGAGAAUAAAGACAUACAAUCUUCCUAUCUGGUGAUAAUUCGCAAAUAAUAAAGAGGUCAACGUGAUGUCAAAAUACGAUCAUUGAUGGUUGUCGGUUGAAUAGAUGUGCGUGUCUACCGGGCGCUUGGCACCAAACAGGAAUGGGCGGAUCGGCGUCAGCCUCCGGAUUAGAAUCGGUGCGGGGGAAGAGCAACCC